CUUUCUUGGUCACACUGAGUCUAGCAGCAAUUUGUAUUUUGUUUUGGUUUUACUAUUUUUAUAAGAAAUUGGUGGUUUGUUAAUAACGCGUAGUCAAAAAAUUGUCAAGAAAGUCUACGCAAUUUCCAAUUUCUCAGAAAAGUUUUAGACUCUUAGGUCAAUAUCGUUAGGAACACCUUAGAAUGGAUCAUCAACUCUGCCUGAGUUGGAGCCAACACCAGUCCACUUUGAUUGGGGUGUUCGAAAAUCUCCUGGGCAACGAAACCCUGUCCGAUUGCACCCUCGCCGCCGAGGGAAAGCAUCUCAAGGUCCACAAACUGGUGCUGUCUGCGUUCAGUCCCUACUUUGCUACCCUACUGCAGGAGCAGUACGACAAACACCCGAUAUUUAUGCUGAAGGACAUCAAGUACCAGCAACUACAUGCCAUAGUGCUCUAUAUGUAUCGUGGGGAGGUCCAGAUUCCCCAGAGCCAGCUGCCCGAUCUCCUCAAAGCCGCCGAAUCCCUCCAGAUCAAAGGUCUCCAGCAGGAGGAUCACCAAAAUGAACAUUUUUCGAGCAAGGGGAAGGAUAUAUCCGGCAGUGAGGAGGGCGCGUCACUUCGUCAUCGGAAAAUUAGUCGUCUCUCGAGGAACGCCCGACCCAACAAUUCAACUGCCAUCGAAGGCGUAGAUCUGCAAGAUUCCCUGGGCUACUCGGUAGAUUCCAAGCCUGAGUUCGACGAUUUUGAAAAUAGCUGGACCAUGAGCGAUCCGGUAACAAUCCAGGAAGAAGACCUCUCUGCUCAAACCCAACAGAAAUUCAAAGAUGUAGAUCCUUUCAUGGACAUACCAGAAAAUUCCACAGCAUUGGUUGAGGAAAUUAAGAAUCUUAGAAAGGAUAUUAAAGAACUGAAACAAAUUGUCACAGAUAACAACCCAAAGGUAUUGGAGAAGGUCUCAAAGAUCCCAAAUAUUUUGGUGGAAGUCUCAAAGUUGGUCGAAAACCCUGGCCACUCACGCCACACGAAAUGCGUAUUUCCUGUUACCUCAUUCGAGGAAUUAGACGAAAUGGAAGUGAAUUUGGAAAGCAGUCCCGAGAAGUAUAUUCCAAUGCUCAAGGCAUUGCUGCUCCCUGCCGGAAUUUCAAAGAACCUGAAACGAGUAGUUUCCGAUCAGCUGCUUUUCCAAAUGAAUUACGCUGGCAUAAAGGAUAGAAAAGGCUUCGCGGUAUAUACAAACCUGCUUAACGCCCUUUUCGAAGCCGUAAAACACGAGCACUAUACAUGGAAUGACUUUAAAAGGGACUGCCGAAUGGCGAUUUAUAGAAUUAAAAAUAGGGUAUAUAAGAAUAACCACUUCGCAAAAAAGAAGGUUCAAACUGAGUUAACCGACUCAGAAAAUGUUUAAUAUAGUUUUUAUUCAAAUUAAUGUUUCUUAAUGUUCUCUAAAAUGUAUUAACUAAUUAUAAUUUCUGACUAUUAGUACAAGACCAACUCAA